AUGCUGCUCUUGGCGCUGGGCGGCCCGUUGGCGGCCGGACGGCGGCUCUGCGGGAAGAGGGCGACGCCGUGGGCGGCCAUCGCGUUCCGAGGCCUCGGGGCGGCCGUCUCGCGGGGGGCCUCCUGCAGCUCCGCGGGGCCGGGCGGCGGCGGCCGGAGCGCCGGGCUGCAGGUUUUCCGGCGUCCCGGGCCGGCGCAGGUACCCAUUUGUUGGGAAAGAUGUGUUCGAAGCUUACACAAACAAGUUGAAAAAUCAGAAGACGGAAGACUUAUUUAUACUGGGAAUUUGGCCCGAACAGUAUUUGGUGUGAAAUGUUUCUCUUAUUCUACAAGUGCGCUCAGUCUUGCAUUUCUGCCAUACAUUUUUGCCCAAAGUAAUGUUGUAUUUGGAAGUCUGCCUUUGCAAAUCUUAUUUUACGGCAUCUUAGGAAGCUUUACAGUGGUCACUCCGGUCCUGCUUCACUUAAUUACCAAAGGCUAUGUCAUUCGGUUGUAUCAUGAGGCCACGACAGACACUUACAAAGCCGUCACUUACAGUGUUCUGCUUUCAGAAACCAGUACUGUGUUUCACCAGAAUGACGUGAAGAUUCCAAGCACCACACAUCUGUUUACCACAUUUUUCGCUAACACAAAAUCACUGUUAGUUAAUCCAGGUCUCUUUCCAAACCCCAAAGACUAUGACCAUCUAAUGGGUUAUGACAAACCAUUCACUUUUGAUAUGGAAGAAACCAGUGAAAAGAAACAGCUUGAAGAUGAGAAAUGA